AUGUCGUCCACCGACGAUUCCUCGGCGCCUGAAUAUGUCCUCUGGCCAUACACACCCACCAUUGCCGCAGGUGCCACUGCCGCAGUCAUCAUGUUCAUCCUCUUCUUCACCCACGCCUUCCUCCUCUUCAAGAAUAAGACUUGGUUCUGUAUUCCGUUCGUCAUUGGCGCUUUGUGCGAAGCAGUUGGCUACUCAGCCCGCGCCGCUGCCCACAACAACACCGAUUCCAAAACCCCCUACAUCAUCCAAUCCACGCUCAUCCUACUCGCACCCAUCCUCUUCGCAGCGUCUAUCUACAUGAUACUAGGGCGCCUGAUGCGACGCACUAAGUCGACAGACUAUUCACUUGUGAGGGUUAGUUGGGUUACCAAGGUUUUCGUUGGCGGGGAUGUGUUAUGCUUCCUAAUCCAAGCCGGCGGAGCCGGCCUCCUCAUCUCCGCCGAUACCCCAGGCGGCUUCUCCCUUGGCGAGAACGUCAUCCUCUCCGGUCUCAUCCUGCAAAUACUCAUCUUCGGUUUCUUCGUCGUUGUCGCCGGCGUCUGGCACUCUAGACUGACACGCCGACCUACGGCUGCAGCCACGCAGCUGCCGUGGAGCAGGCUGAUAAAGGUUCUGGUGGUCGAGUAUGCGAUGGGUAAGGAGGGGUAUCUGUUGAGUCAUGAGUGGCCGGUUUAUGUGUAUGAUUGUGCGCUUAUGAUGGGGGUUUUGGGAGCGGGCGUGUGGUGGUAUGGGAGGGGUUUGGAGGAAGGGAGAGGGAGGAAGUGGGAUGUGGAGAUGAGGGGUUGA